AUGUCGGACAGUAUAAAAGUUGCCAUUAAAGUGAGACCCUUGAUUAAACGUGAAAAAGACGAAAAUUUGCCGAUACAAUGGACAGUUCAAGGGAACUCUAUUAUUUCUACAGAUUCGGAGAUGAAACGGCGUGGCGAUGGAGGAUUUUGCUUUGAUCAUAUUUUCGACGUAAAUACAACUAACUUAGAUGUAUUUGAUACUAUUGUAAAACCUAUUGUAAAUGCUGGUGUAAAUGGCUUUAAUGGUACAGUGUUUGCUUAUGGUCAAACAAGUUCUGGUAAAACAUAUACUAUGAUGGGUACUGCAGAAGAACCAGGAAUUAUACCUCUUGCUAUAGAAUAUAUGUUUGAUGCUAUUACUAAUACUAUUGGACGUGAAUUUUUAUUGAGAGUAUCCUAUUUAGAAAUUUAUAAUGAAAAAGUUAAUGAUCUUCUGAAUAAAAGUGGGAUUGAUUUAAAGAUAAAAGAAGAUGGUAGUGGACAGGUGAUUCUAAAAUGUAAAGAAGAAAUCACAAACUGUCCUGAGAAUGUGCUAUCUAUAAUGAAAAAGGGGGAUAAAAACAGGAGAAUAGGAGAAACUAAUAUGAAUGAGCGUAGCAGCAGAAGUCACACUAUAUUUAGAAUUACAAUUGAAAGCAGAGAAGCUGGAGGAGAUUCUGAUGGUGCUAUCCAAGUAUCACAAUUAAAUUUAGUAGAUCUUGCUGGUUCUGAAAGAGCACGACAAACAGGAGCUACUGGAGAAAGAUUUAAAGAGGGAAGGCAUAUUAAUAUGUCUUUGUCCACAUUAGGUUUAGUAAUUAUGCAAUUAAGUGAAGCACAGGAUGGCCAAAAACAUGUUAAUUUUCGCGACAGUAAAUUAACAAGAUUACUCCAGACAUCACUAGGUGGUAAUGCCAUGACAGCAAUAAUAUGUGCUGUGACUCCUGCUGCCUUAGAGGAAACUCAAUGUUCCUUAUCGUUUGCAUCUCGCGCUAAAAGUGUGAAAACCAAACCACAAGUUAAUGAAGUUAUGUCUGAUGCAGCACUUUUAAAACGUUAUGCAAAACAAUUAACUAGGCUUCAAGCAGAGUUACAGAAAAUAAAAACUGAGAAUAGGGUUGCAGAAGUUGAAGAAAUGGAAUCUAAAUUGCAAGAAAAAGAGCGUACUAAUCAGUUGUUAGAAGAACGCAUAGAAUUACUAAAAACUCGUAUUGUUUCCGGAGAUAAUACAGCUCAUGAAGAAUCGCUUAAGUGCAAAUCCAAAAGAAGACAGACAUGGGGGGGUCCUGGAAUGUUUAAUCAACAUUUGCCCGUUUUCCAUAGCAAACCUAAUCUUCCAACAAUAAAAGAAGUAUCGUUUGAAAAGCCGCAUAGGAAAAGCAUAAUUCAAUCUAUCGAUAUAAUGAAUCAAACAUUUCAAACGGCUUUUACUGAUUUUGAAUUAGAACUGUUCGAAAGCGAAAGAGCUCGUGAAACUGCACAAAAUAUAAGCGAUAGCGACGAAGAAACAUUUAUAACGAAACGUAAAAAUCGUGUUACAUUUAAAGAUGACGUGUUAACCAUUAAAUGUAGGAACAAUAGUUUUGAUUUAACACCAGAAAAAUGUGAAACAUCAACACAAACAGCAAAUUAUCAAAUGUCUCCCUCUACACCAAAGCAUGUUCUACGGCGAUGUAUUACAGAUUUAACAAGAGAGUUUUUAGAACUUCGCGAAUUUACAACUCUAGAAAAACAGCUAAUAUGUCAAAAGAAUUGUUCUUCUGGAUCUGAAGAUGGGCAAUAUCUGCAAGACCUAACAGAAAUUGAAGCAAAAUUAGCUCCAGAAUGUCAUAACAUAGAAUAUACUUCGGAAGUAAAAGACCAGCUUGCAAGUCUUGAUCUUUUAGAAGAAAAAAAUAUAGACCAUAUAAUCACUGAACUGUGCAUCAAAUUAAACCAAGUUGAAAAGCAAAACGUUUCGGAAAAAGAAGCAAAUUACAAAAUAACGAAAGAAUUAUCAGAACUGGAGAAACAAAUCGGAAAUAUUACAUCCGAAAAAAAUGAAUUUGAAUACAUUAGUCAUGAAUUACGCGCAGAAUUGAAGAAAAAAACAGUGGAGCUGGAAUUGAAAACGAUGUCGGAAGAAAGUAUAAGAGAAGAAGAAAUGAAAAAAGUUUUGGAAUUAGAGAAGCAAAUUGAAAAUAUUACUUUAGAAAAAAAUAAAUUUGAACACAUCAACGCUGAAUUGUCAAAAAAGAUUACACAAUUGCAAAAACAAAUUGAAUAUGUUGUUUCUGAAAGAAAUGAAUUUGAACACAUGCGUCAAGAAUUGCGUGCGGAAUUAAAUAAAAAAUCUUUAGAAUUAGAGGAACUGAAGAAUAAUUUAGAAGAUGGAAAUACUAAAAUAGUAAACGAGAAGAUAAGAGAAUUGGAGGUACAAAUUGAAAAUAUUAUAUUGGAAAAAAACAGUUGUGAACAUAUGAACGCGGACUUACGCGCCGAAUUAAAUCGAGUAUCCUCAGAAUUUGAAUUAAAAAUUGCUUCGGAACAAACAGAGAAACAAAGCGCAGUAGAAAAAGUUUUCGAAUUAGAAAAACAUAUCGAACAAAUUAUUUGGGAGAAAAAUGAGAAAGAACGCGUCAAUAUCGAACUAAAGGCUGAGUUAGAGAAACAAAUCGCAGACUCCGAAUGCAAAAUUGAAUGUGAGCAAACUGUAAGCCAAAAAGCGAUGAGAAAAGUUUCAGAACUAGAAGAGGAAAUUGAUAAUAUUACUGCAGAGAAAAGUGAGCUUGACCGUGCGAAUAAUGAAUUACGUAUUGGGAUGGAUCGAAAAGCUUCUGAGCUGAUAGAGAAGAUAACGUUAGAAGAAAUGGAGAAUCAGAAAACAAGGGAAAAGAUUUCUCAACUGGAACUACGAAUUGAAGACGUAACAUCCGAAAAAAAUGAAUACGAACGUGUUAAUGCCGAAUUACGCGUUGAAUUGAAUAAAAAGAUUUCUGAAAUGGAUUCGAUUGUAAUAUCGAACGAAGUUAACACUCACAAAAUGAUGGAAAAAAUUACUGAGCUUGAACAACAGAUUAUGAGUGUAGUAUCAGAGAAGAAUGAGCUUGAACGUAUUAGCGAUGAAUUGCGUGCUGAGUUGAGCCAAAAAAUUUCUGGGUUGGAAGUGAAAGCAACAGAACAAAGUGAAAAUGAAAAAGCCAUGGAAAAGAUUACUGAACUUGAAAAUCAAAUUACAAGCAUGACAUCUCAGAUAAACGAACUUGAAUAUGUUAAUAAUAAAAUAGGAAUGAUCACCGAGCUAGAAGUUGAAAUGGAAAAUAUAAUGUCUACCAAAGGUGAAUUCGAAUGUGCUGUUACUGAAUUGCGUGCCGAGUUAGAUAAAAAGACUUCUGAAUUAACGUUGGAGCAAACUGAAAGACGAAAAGCAAUGGAAAAAAUGUCUGAGUUAAAUGAGAAAAUUGAAAGUAUCACGUCUGAACGAAAUGAAUUUGAACAGCUUAAUAAUCGAUUAAACGUUGAAUUAAACGAGAAGAUAUCUGAAUUUCAAUUAAAAAUUACGUCGGAACAAACCACGAAUGUAGAAGCGACGAGAAAAAUUUCCGAUUUAGAAAAGCAAAUCGAAAGCAUUGCCUCGGAGAAGAACGAUCUGGAAUAUAGCGAAUCCAAUGAAAAAGAUUUAGAAUUAGAAUCGAGAAGCAAGUUGGAUAAUAAAGUGGAAGAUUACACAAAGGAUUUACAAGAUGUUAUAACAAAUCUUCAAACUGAAAAUCAAGAUUUGAGAGAUCAAUUGGGAAGUCAAUCUGUUCUGCCUCAUUCAAGGAUCAAUGAAAGCAUCACGGAUACUUCAAAUUUAAUCAUGAAUAUGGAAGCAGAGAAAAGCCAAUUGGCAGAAACACUCCAGCUAAAAAGUCACGAGCUGGAAGACAUAAAGAGCGAUGUUCGAAGUCUCAAAACGGAUAUACAAAAAUUGCAAGAAACCAUCUGUUUGUUAACAACAGAAAAUAUGGAAAUGGCUACUAAAUUAACCACAGAGCAAGAAAACGUGAAACAGACGCAAUAUAGUCUUCAGAAAACCAUCGAUGAACUGUACAUGCGUAUCUCCGAAGUUACGAACGAAAAAAUUAGUUUAGAAAGUGAUUUAACGGAUUUGAACGAUCAACUGGAGUCUAUGCGUUCUAAAAUAUCAGCGACGAAUGACGAAGAACAGUUGUUCACAUCGUAUCAAUGUAAAAUUGAUAAAUUAACAGCAGAGAACAUCGAAUUAACAGCCUUCAUUACUGAGAAAACUAAGGAACUUGAGAAUAUCAAAGAAAGUAAAUCGCUUUUAUACGAACACGAAUGUAUUUACAAAGAAAAAGUAGCUAAUCUUACGGAAAAGAACGAGAGUUUGUUAUCGGAAAAUAACGAGCUUUCUACAGACUUGAUAGAUAAAAUAGAAGAAAACGAUAUGUUAAAAGAGCAAUGCAAUAUAUUCAAAAACAAGAUAGAACAGUCGCUGGCGAUGAAUGAGAAUAUCACUGAAACUGGUGUGGAAUAUUUGAAGAUAGAAAACAAUACCUUGAAAGCAGAAAAUACCGAAUUAAAAAUGAAAGUAACAAUACUGUCUGAAGAGAAUGCGAAAUUUUCUAGCAAUCUGUUAGAGACUAUGGAAAAUCUUGAUUCUUCUCGCAAUGAAAUGUCGUAUAACAAUACAUUACAUUUAUCGACGAUAUUUAACGAUAGCGCAGAGGCCGGUACAGCUGAACAAAGAAUAUCAGAAGAAGAAACCCGGAAGUCACUAACGUGCAGAGUUAUGGCGUUGCAGAGCAAGAUUGAUCAUCUGUCACACUUAAAUAAAAAGCUUAGCGAUUUGAAACUAACUUCUUGCAGUCAGUGUGCGCAUUUGAGAAACUUGAACGAAAGUCGCAGAGUUUUCAAGCUUGAAGCUAAAAUCUUAAAUAAAAAACUGGAGGAUCUACAGAGGAAGUUCGAUCGCAAGUGCGCGGAUACCGAGAUUCUGAAGAAUAAAGUUAAUCAAGAGUUAAAUUGGAGCGAACUUGAUGUGUCGUCGAAUGUUAGUUUCGUAGAUGAGAUGAAUGUGAGCUUCGUCGAAGAAAAGAUUCAGAGUUUGAAUAAUGAACUUCAAACUUUGAAAGCUGAUCAUGACAAAUUGUCGAUUCAGUAUGAGGAUAAAUGUAACGAAUUAGAAAAACUCCAAAAUGAUGUGAUUGCAAAUGCACCUCGUACCGAUGGUGAUUCUACGCCAAGAAAAAGUUCGAACAAAAAUACUAGGAUAGAUCAAAUUCAAAAUUAUAUCGAUGAAUUGAGGAGUAACAUGGACGAACUGAAGAAAGGUAGUAUGAACUUUACCGAUAUGCUUAAUCAAUUUAGAACUGAGAAAGCGAAUUUAUUAAGUGAAAUAAACACCCUAAAAGAUAUUAACGAAGAAUUGCAACAAAAAGUAUCGGAUAACGAAAGCACAGCAGUAAAGAAGGUACAAAUUCUUGAGACUGAAUUAGCCAAUAUGGGUAGAGAAAUGGAACAAUUUUCAAUGCGAGAAAAAGAACUGGAAAGUCAGAGACUGAUGUUAGAAGUAGAACUAGAGAGUUUAAAAGUUGAAGAACAAAGUAAAACUGCCUUAAUUAGUCAAUUAAACGAGCGUAUUUACUCUUUGGUGAAUGAGUUAGAUUUAGUUGCAAGUCAGAAAAAUGACUUAACUAGUUCGAGUACGAUUGAAUACGAGAAAAAAUUACAGUAUCUAAAGGAACAAUGCGAGAAAUUAGAAAAAGAAACAAUGCAAAGUAGAGAAUUGGAACAGCAUAGUAUAUCAAAGAUCAAAGAGUUGGAAACAUACAUAAACGAUUUGCAAAGAAAUACAACAAAUCAAGAAAACUUUUCUAGAGAGCUUCAAGAGAAUAGUAAUCAUGCGGGAAAGCUUUUGCAAGAAAGGGAGCAAGAAAAAUUGUCGCUUAUACAAAAAAUACAAGCAGCUGAAAAUGAAGCAGUUGAACUUAAAUAUAAUUUAGAGAUAAAAUAUAGAAAUGAAUUUGAUUCAAUGUUCCAGCAAUAUCAACAGCAUAUAAAAGAAUCAGAAAAUAAUUUGCAAAAAUUGAACGAAAGAUUAAAAAAAGAACAUGUAUUUGAUCAACAAAAGAUAUUAAUCAACGAUAAAGAGAAACUUAACGAGGAAUUGAACGACGCGAAAAGAUGUAUGAUUAAAGAACUGAAUUCACUUAAAUGUAACAUAAAUGACUAUUCAAAUAAAUCUGUAAAUGAAAUCUUUACAGUCUUACUGCAAACGCUUAUAUCUAAGGAAGAAGAAAUAAUUAAAACUGUUCGCGGAACAUACGAAAAGGAGAAACAAAAAUUGAAAGAUGAGAUAGAACAAUGCAUGGAUAUAGAGAAACGUGCAACUACGUGGGUCAAAGAAUUGGAAGCAGAGAUUGAAAAGCUCCAGGCAGAAUUGACUGAAAGAGAACAUGCUCAAAUGGAAUAUGAAAAUAAGAUCUCCCAAUUAGAACAUCUUCUAAGAGAAAGUAAUUAUGAAGUGGAGGUGUUCAAAGAAAAAAUGAGAGCACUUGAAGCAGACUACAAUAAUUUACAAGUCGAUUUUGAUAGGAGAUGUAAGGUUGACAUUCAACAGGAAGAAGCAAUUCUUAUUGCCCAUAAAAAAGAAAGAGUGGCACAGGAAACAUUCAAGAACAAAGAAAUAGAAAUAAAGACAAAAUUGAAAUCUGAGAUAGAAAAACUUGAGGAAGAAAAAACUGAACUUGUUUAUAAUCUAAACCUUUACACAGCAAAAAUUGCAGGUUUUGAAAGUACUAUCGAGAAUUACGUCGCUGUUGAAAACCGUUUGAAAGAUACCAUCGAUGAAAAGGAGAGUGAAAUUAAAAGAAAUAGUCAACACAUGGAAAAAAUGAAUGCAGAACUUGAACAAGUCACGCAAGCUUACAACGAAGUCAAUCAGGAUAUUGAACAAAAGAAUUUACACAUUGAAGAAAUUAAGGCUAUUUUAAAGAAUAAAUGUGAUAUGUUAUCUGAAUACAAAACAAAACUUGAAACAGUUAUACCAGAAUACGAAAUGUUGAAAGAGCAUGUCACAGAUCAAAAAUUGACCAUACAACGAUCUAAAGAAGAAAUAGAGGCACUAAAAAAUGAAAGAGAGGAACAACUGGAAAUUAUCAAAGACAAGUUAAACACAGAAGAAGCAAAAAACGUUGGAUUAAGCAAACAAUUACGUGAUCUGACCAACGGAAACAAUGCACUAAUAGAAGAAUUAAAUGGUUUGAAGGAAAAGUAUGAAGAACUUGAAGAAGCAAAUAGAAAACUAGAGAGAAAGAUUAGAAAUAGUACUAGUAAGAUUAAAGCAGAAGCAGAAAUAGAGGAAUUGAAAGAAUUGAACAAAGGAUUGCAAAAUAAUUUGGAAGGUGCGAGCAAUCGCAUAGUGGAGUUGCAAGAGAUUAAAAACCAAACUUUGAGAGAAUUGGUUGACUUAAAGGGUACAUAUGAAUUUGUGUUACAAGAAAACAUCGAAUUAAAGAAAUCGCUCUUAUCAUACAAAACGAAACAUUCGAUUUCAAAUUCGUUGAUAGAUGAAGGUAAGUAUGAUAUGCUUCUUUUAGAGAAAAAUAAAAUCGCGUUGGAAUUAGAAGGUAAAAAAAUAGUACUGAAUCAGAAGGAUAAGGAACUCAAAGAAUAUGCGAGUCAAAUACAGCAAUUAACUGAGACAAAUAAAGAACUGGAUGAUGAAGUAGAAGAAUAUGCAGCGAUAAUUAGAGAACGAGACACUGAAAUUUCUAAGCUAGAGGAGAAGUUGUAUUCCCGCUUAACAGAAAAUACCCUCAUCAACGAACUCGAGGAAAAAUUAAGAAAUGUCAACGAUGAAAAUGAUAAACUUCAAGACAAAAUCGAAGCACUUAAAAUGAGAUUACAAAUGGACGUAGAAAAAGAUAUUAAGUCGCGGAAUGAAAAAAAUAUUCAUGCCUUAAUUGAGGAGAAUAUGGCAUUACAAAUAGAGAUAAGUAAUUAUGAAAAACAGAUAAACGAGCUUAAAGAAAUAAACCAAUUAGAAAAUUCGAACGAAAAGUCACAGAGCAAUUUGGAAGGUGCGUGUAAUCGCAUCAAAGAACUGGAAGGAGAGAAGAACAGACUCACAAAAGAAUUAGAAUCACAAAAAUUACUGUUAAAUGAGAAAGAUAAAGAAGUUAAAGAAUAUAUAAAUAAAAUGCGAGAUUUUACAGCGAAAAAUAAAGAACUUGACGUAGCAUUGGAAGAAUAUGCGGUAAUCAUUCACGAUCGUGAUUCAGAUAUUUCAAAAUUAGAAAUCAACUUGGAUUCGCUUUCAACAAAAAGGGAAGUUAACGGCUUGAAACAAAAGGUAGAAUUCAUUAUAACAGAGAAUAAAAGACUUAAAAAUGAAAUUCGAGAACUUCAAAUGAGAUCAGGCUUCGAUGUUCAUAAUGAAAGAAGUAUACUGCAGGAUAGUGUAAGGAAGCAACAAAAAGUUGUAACAUAUGAUAAAGACCUUGGUGAACAUCAAGAGAAGUGUGAACAAUUGAAGAAAAAGAUUCAAGAAUUAGAAUUGCAAUUGGUAUCGAAAAAUGGUAAAAUUGCAACCCUAGAGAUACAGAUUCAGAGUCAGAAUUUCCCUUAUCAAAGAAAAUGUAAAGAUCUUGAGGAACUUCUACUCGCUUUUCGUAAUAAGAAUGCAGAAUUGAGCUCUGAAGUGAGGAAACUGCAAAGAACUGUGAAUGAUGUUAAUACAUGGGAAUGCGAUGUGUGUAGACGGUGGCGCGUAAAUAGGAAAGAUCAAGCUUGUCAAACAAUGCCCAAUAGUUCAGUGCGCUUCUGCAGUAUAAAUAGUGGAGUUGUUGAGGACCAUGUAAAAAUACAAAAAAUGGAAAAAGAAAGGAUUUUAAUGAAGGAUUUGUGUCGUUCCCGGUCUCGACGAAUAAAAGAAUUGGAAAACAGGGUAAAACAACUGGAGGAAGCACAAAGUUCUCUUACUUUAAAAUCGAACGAAGUAUUACAAGACAGAUCUAAUCAACCAUACAACAAUGUUACAUAUUUCAAUAAGUAUUUCGAUUUUGAAAAGAAUUCAAAACCAUAA